AUGCCGGUCUUAGAAGCCCAGGCUGGCUCACGCCAUAGGCCGCAACAGCACAAACAGCCUUCCCGAAAAGGCAAGAAGGCGUGGAGGAAGAAUGUGGACAUAUCUGAGGUCGAGCACGGCCUCGUUGAAUUGAACGAAGAAAUUAUCCGAGGUGGGCCAAUCGCCGAGAGAGACGCAGAGGACAUCUUUGCCAUUGAUGUCGUCGGAGACCAAAACCUCAAGAAGCAACUUCCAAAGAGACUCCGCACGACUCUGAAAUCGGACGAGAUCAUAUCCCAACGUUCCAGGGUUCCAGCGCUUUCAACACGGAAACGAACCACCGACAGAAUACCUGACGGAUCGAUUGAACCGAAGCGUCUUCGGAGAGACUAUGUUUCGCAUAAGGAAAUACGACGACUAAAACAAGUAGCUGACGGGAUCCACGACCAAACGGUCACUAUCGAAGAUGCCACUUACGAUAUCUGGGACUCUGGCCCUCCAUUGGAAGCAGUCUCGUCAGCCCCAUCUUUUGUCCCCCAGUGUUAUAAUCCUGCCUUCUCGGAUUACGAGAAACGACUUACUGACGAGGGCACUAAGGCCGUAGAAUCGGAAAGGAAGCGUCUAGUGGCAAAAGAAGAAGAGAAGAUCAAGAGAGAGGCUGCUGCUCGCUCCGCUGCAGAAGCUGAGGCAGCGGAAGCCAAAGCUGAACUCUCAGAAUGGGAUGAGGAUUCGGAAUGGGAAGGUUUCCAGAGCGGGACUGAGGAGACCAAGAUGACGAAACGACCAGAACGGAAAACCAAAGCUCAAAGAAACAAGAUCAAGAGGUAUAAGGAGGAAGAAAGAAAGAAGAAACUUGAGGCUGCCGCAAAGCGCAAGCAUAGGCAACUCGACGCUCUGAAGCAACUGACGAGGGAGGCUACUAAGCAGGCAGGCACAUCCGUACUCGCUAUCCCGCAACUCAGUGACAGCGAGAGUGAAGGAGAUGACGACCAACUACGCCGUCGCAAACUCGGGAAGGCGAAAAUACCUGAGAAGGAUUUGGAGCUCGUUCUGCCAGAUGAACUCCAAGAUUCACUAAGGCUUUUACGCCCAGAAGGUAACCUGUUACGGGAUAGAUACCGGAAUCUGCUUUCAUUGAACGCCGAGCAGCAUAAGAAAGCUUUCGCAUCCGAGUAUGACUUUGACUCUCCUGAGAACUUCCAGGCACUUGAUUUCGACAUCUUGGUCAAGACCCUCUGUGAUCUCAAAGCGGGGUGCGUCACAACGACUGUCCGAGGCCGAGGAGACGUCGCCCCCUACGUCGAGCCUCAGCGCAAAGUGGCCGACUGCAAAACCGGACGCAUACUGAUUCAGUCAAACUUGCGGACUGGAGAACCAGAGCUUCACUAUUUAAAGUUGCCGGAUGAUAUCGCGACCCAUGAGAGCGUAUUGCUAUUAGAUGCCCAAAUGUCGAGCGGUGGAUCGGCUCUCAUGGCCGUUCAGGUCCUCCUCGACCACGGUGUUGCACAGGAUAAGAUUGUGCUUGUAACCUACACAGCCGGUCGCAUGGCCGAUGCCUACAUCGACGACUACGACACCGAUGAGCGGAAAAGAGCAACUAGCAAGCCCCGCCUUGUCAUACUUGGCGGUGGUUGGGGAUCUGUCGCCUUGCUCAAGAACCUUAACCCGGGGACUACCACGUUACAAGCGGAAGACGUCGAUUUGAAGGAGAAGCUUGUUGAGGUGUCUAGUAUCAGCGACGAGGGUGCUGAGUCCAGGUUUUAUGUCCCAUACGAUAAGCUCAUCGUCGCUGUUGGUUGCCAGUCAAAUCCACAUGGCGUUAAAGGGCUCGAGCAUGCCUUUUUCCUGAAAAAUAUCCGUGAUUCUCGAAGAAUCCGGAACAAGAUACUACACAAUGUUGAGCUUGCGUGUCUGCCAACUACUACUGAGGAAGAGCGUAAACGCCUCCUCUCUUUCGUUAUAUGUGGUGGCGGCCCAACAGGCGUGGAGUUCGCCGCCGAACUGAACGACCUCUUGAACGAGGACCUUACGCUAUACUUCCCCAAACUCCUAAGGAACCAGAUCUCAGUUCACCUAAUCCAGAGCCGGGGCCAUAUUCUAAAUACAUAUGAUGAACAGGUGUCCAAAUAUGCCGAAGAGCGUUUUACGCGUGAACAGGUUACAGUUCUUACCAACGCGAGAGUCAAAGAGGUUCAGGCCGACAGAAUUGUCUUUACGCAGGUAGCCGAUGACGGCAGCGUCGUAACCAAGGAAAUUCCGGCUGGAUUCUGCCUAUGGUCAACUGGGAUCUCGCAAAGGGACUUUAGCAAACGCCUAGUCAACAAGCUUGGCGAUGCCCAAACCAAUCGGAAAGCCUUAGAAACUGAUACACAUCUUCGCCUAAACGGCGCCCCGAUCGGCGAGGUGUACGCCAUCGGUGAUUGCGCUACCGUUCAGAAUAAUAUUGCCGACCACGUUGUCUCAUUCCUCCGAACCCUGGCGUGGAAGCACGGAAAGAACCCAGAGAAGUUUGAAAUCCGAUUUGAUGACUGGAGAGCUGUUGCGAGCGAGGUCAGAAAGCAAUUCCCACAAGCCACAGCCCACUUGAAACGUCUUGAUAAGCUUUUCGAAGAGUUUGAUAAGGACCACUCUGGAACGCUUGACUUUGGAGAGCUUCGCGAGCUCCUUAAACAAAUCGACUCUCGACUGACCUCGCUUCCUGCUACCGCCCAGCGCGCUCAUCAGCAAGGACAAUAUCUAGCUCAUAAAUUCAAUAGAAUGGCCAAAACCACGCCACGCUUUAGAGCUGAACACCACUUUGAUGAGGACUUUGACGCUGCAGUCUACAAGGCGUUUGAAUACCGGCACCUUGGCAGCCUCGCUUAUAUUGGAAACUCUGCUGUUUUUGAUCUCGGCGAGGGCUGGAGUUUAGCUGGCUUGCGCUCUCUAAAAUUCCACGACACCUGA